AUGGAUCCGCUUUCAAUUGCAGCCGGGGCGGUUGGGAUUACCGACGUCUGUUGGCGUAUUGUCAAAUAUCUAAAAGACAUUCCCGCCGCCGUUGCAGGCGUUCAGAAGGAAAUCGACAACUUAAUCACUGAGGUUGAGUCCCUACAAACAAUAGUUCGAUCUGUCGAUGAAGCAUUUGAGGGGAGUUUCGUCAAAUCUUCAAGCGAGUCUCCGUUGAGAGCAGCCAACCUCGAAAAUCUGUGGAGAGACUGUAAGAAGAGCCUCGAAGGGUGCCAAAAUAUUGCAACUGAACUUGAACGCAUCAUUAAGGAGAUCUACGGCAAAACUGGUGUGAAGGUUACCAGCAAGCUCGAUGGACUGGGCAAAGAGAACCGUAGACGGGACAAAGCCACCGGUCUGCAGCGCGUACGUGAUAGGCUUUCGACUGAGAAAGAAAAUCUCCAGAUCCUACUUACGGGAAUCAGCUUAUACAAUCACCAUGUUUCACAAGAUACCCUAGUUCAGAUGUCGAAGGACCUAAGGUCCCUUGACCAAGACUUCAAGUCACAGAUAAUGUCUCUGGAAAACAGAAUUCAAUUUUCUGGUGGCAUGAGUACGGAGAAAAAUCAGGAAGACAUAGCCACACUAUCAAGAAUCAGGCAGUUCCGCAAUUCUGUUCGAUCCGUCGCUACCGCUGUCUCCAUUACCACACCCAAUAAAUUCUUUGACGUCCCUCAACCAGUCAGCAGUUUUUAUACUGGGCGGACUCUCUUUCUAGAGAAACUGCAAAAUAUAAUAUUCACAUCGGUAACUACGGAGCCGACGCAGAAACAGCUUCGCUUUGUCAUUUACGGCAUUGGUGGUUCUGGGAAAACACAGUUCUGCUCAAAGUUUGCAGAGCAGAAUAGAGAUAGUUUCUGGGGAGUCUUUUGGAUUGAUGCCAGCUCUCAUGAACGAAUCAGACAGACAUAUGCGGAAAUCGGCAAAUUUGGCAAGGUUGAACCGAAUCACAGCGCUGCAAUGCACUGGCUCUCUAAUCUUGAAGAGCGAUGGCUCCUAAUCAUUGAUAAUGCUGAUGAUCCUCACAUCGACUUACAUGAGUAUUUCCCUAAAGGCGAUAGAGGCUGCAUUAUCGUCACAACAAGAAACCCAGCGCAUAAGGUAUACGGUAAUAUACAGCCGGGUUUUUUUGAGUUUCAAGGCAUGGAGGACGAUGAUGCGCGUGCUCUUCUCCUACGAGCUGCUCGGCUGUCCGAACCUUGGGACGCGGAUUCCUCGUCAUGGGCUGUCCAAAUCACUAAACAACUUGGAUUCCUUGCCCUUGCUCUAAUCCACGCUGGUGCUGCAAUACGAAAUGGCCUAUGUACUCUGAAAGACUACUUGACAUUCUAUGAUCGGGAUUGGGAACGUAUCCGUCGAACUCGCCGGUUAUCCAUCGACUCUAGUGGUCGACGUGAUGAGUAUAUGAGUGCUCACGCGACAUAUGAAGUCUCUUACAGUGGCAUUGAGAAAAAGGGAACUGAAUCCUCACAAGAUGCAAUUCAAUUGCUCAAGCUCUUUUCCUUUUUUUACUUUAAGAAUAUCCGAUUCGACAUCAUAAAGAAGGCAGUAAUAAACUGUGAAACCGAGAGGGCUGAGCAAGAAAAGAAGGACCAACAUGAGGCGGAACGGCCAUUGACUUGGUAUCAGAAAUACAAAACUAUGCAGUUCAACAUAUUGAAUUAUAUCAUGCAAGAUCGAAGCCCUCCAGCGUUACCCUCCUUUAUUCGAGAAGGCAGAGCCACUCGGUUUUUCGACGAGGUACGAAUACGCUACGCAUUAAGAGAACUUGUGCAAAUGUCACUUAUCACGCACCAUGAGUCCAACGACAGCUAUUCAAUGCACCCCCUAGUCCAUAAGUGGGCACGGGAGAGGCCAGACAUGAGUGCGUCAGAGCAAGCUGUUUGGUCGCAAGCUGCAGCUACAACACUGUCCCACUCGAUUCUUCUUCCACCUCUGGGAGAAACUGAAGCUGACGAGCUCUUUCGGAGAGACAUUCUCCCUCAUAUUGACCAUGUACGAAAGUGUCUCCAAGUAGUUAAUGAUAAAAUAACAGAGAACCGAAAACAUCGCUGGUAUGGGCUAGUUGAAUGGCCUGGUGCGGGAUCAAGGUUUGGUCGAGCUCAAGCACUGCUUUAUGCAAAGUUUAGCAUUGUAUUUGCACAAAAUGGACGCUGGAAUGACGCCGAAUCGCUUCAGCUAGCCGUAAAACACUAUGCGGAUAGCCUUCUUGGACUAGAGCACCCUGUCACCAGGCGGAUAACGCUAGCUUUAGCGCUAACAUACUGGAACCAGGGGAGAGGUGAUGAGGCUGCAGAUCUGCAAGAUGCAGUUUUACAGGCCUGUAUCACCUCAUUGGGCCCCAACAGUCAUGAGACAUUGAUGGCUAUGGAUCUUCUGGGUCAGGCGAGAUGGCAGCAGGGAAGAUACAGUGAAGCUAGAAUGCUUCAGAAACAUGCCGUUGACGGUUUACUCAAAGUUAGAGGCCCUAGUCACGAAGACACCCUUAGUGCAAUGGGAAACUUGGGCCGGACACUGGCUAAGUUCUAUGAAAACUUAGAUGAAGCAAAGCAGCUUUUGACCGAAGCUUAUGAUGGAAUGAGCAAAAUUCUUGGCCCAAACCAUCUGAAGUCUUUGGCCGUGAAGGAGGACAUUGCCAUGGUCACUUUACAAAUGGAGGAGCAGCAAACCCUAGCCGCAACGAUGAUUGAGGAGGUCCUCGAAAGUCGCAAGGAGAAAUUAGGCAAGGAACACCCAUAUACACUUCUAGCUAUGGUUAACCUAGCGAGGGUCAAAAUUGCGUUGGGUCAAUACCAAGAAGCGGAAUCGCUCGUCCUGAAAGGACUACAAGUUGCGGAUAGAAAUCUCGGCCGUAACCACAUAGGGACAUUGAUGGGAAGAACGGUCUUGGGCGUCAUACUGACUCGUGAAUCUCGGUUUUCUGAGGCCGAAGCUACUCUUCUUGAGGUAAUUGAAAAUCUACGGCACCUUUCGACUUAUAGAGGAGAUUUCCAUCCUGAUCGCCUGGGUGCGAUGAUUGAGCUUGCGACCUGCUAUAAAUUGCAAGGCAAAUUUGAUCAAAGCAUUAGGCUCUGCGACGAGACAAUUGAAGGACUCAGUAGGAUAAGCUUAAAGGAGCAUCCUCUUGAAAAGAAGAUGAAAAGGCUGAAAAUAGAGCUGAUUGAGAUGAAAAAUGGCAAUGGGAAGUGA